AUGGGCGACGAAAGCCACCCGAAAACUCUCUACGUCGGUAAUUUAGACGCGAGUGUGACAGAAGAAUUUCUAUGCGCGUUAUUCGGCCAAAUAGGUGAAGUUAAAGGCUGUAAAAUAAUACGUGAACCAGGUAAUGAUCCGUAUGCUUUCCUUGAGUUUACAAAUCACGCGUCGGCGGCUACGGCCCUGGCCGCCAUGAACAGGCGAGUAUUUCUCGACAAGGAAAUGAAGGUUAACUGGGCUACGAGUCCUGGUAAUCAGCCUAAAACGGAUACAAGCAAUCACCAUCACAUAUUCGUUGGUGAUCUAUCACCAGAAAUAGAAACUCAUAUUCUACGUGAAGCUUUUGCUCCGUUUGGGGAGAUUUCGAACUGUCGAAUAGUACGUGACCCACAAACGCUCAAAUCUAAGGGUUAUGCCUUCGUUUCGUUUGUUAAAAAAGCAGAUGCUGAAGCGGCAAUACAGGCUAUGAAUGGACAAUGGUUAGGGUCGCGAUCCAUACGUACUAAUUGGUCAACGCGUAAGCCACCAACCAAAGGUCCAAACGAAGGAGCACCCAGUAGCAAACGUGUAAAACAACCGACAUUUGAUGAAGUCUACAACCAGAGCUCACCGACGAACACCACAGUAUACUGCGGCGGUUUCACUAGUAAUGUAAUUACAGAAGAAUUAAUGCAAAGCACAUUUUCACAAUUCGGCCAGAUCCAGGACGUAAGAGUGUUCAGGGAUAAGGGAUAUGCUUUUAUUAGGUUCACAACUAAAGAGGCCGCUGCUCAUGCUAUAGAGGCGACACAUAAUACGGAAAUUAGUGGACACACAGUGAAGUGUUUCUGGGGUAAAGAGAACGGAGGGACAGAGAACCAGAGCACCACAAAUCCACCGGCCGCACCUGCAUCGAUGGGUGCACAAACACAAUAUCCCUAUGCAUACCAACAAGGAAUGGGUUACUGGUACACUCAGGGUUAUCCUGCCAUCCAGGGUUACAUGGCGCCGGGAUAUUAUCAGCAGUACGCUGCAGCAUACAGCAACCCUCAAGCCGCUGCCGCGGCGGGAUACCGUAUGAGCAUGCCGGGCGGCGCGGUGGGUGCGGUGGGCGCGGGCGGCUCGUGGGGUGGCGCGCCUCAGCCUCUCGUGUACUCGGUGCCUUCGCAGUACCCCUCUCAGUAG